AGUGGUUUGGUUUUAGAUUGUGCGGUAUAGAAACGUUGUGUAAGCGUUGAGUGUUUUUACUGUAAACUAAAAUAGGAUAUAAACAAUUAACAUUGAAAGUAUUUACUUAAAUUUAAAACAGCCAUGGCUGAUGCUGCGGCACGUCAGCUUCAGUAUGAAUACAAAGCGAACUCCAAUCUUGUAUUACAAGCUGAUGUACGACUCAUUGAAAGACGAAGUCGAGAUGAAGCCACUGGAGAAGUCAUGUCCCUUGUGGGAAAACUGGAAGGAACACGCAUGGGAGACAGAUUUCAAAGAACCAAGCCGGUUAAAGCAGAGGAAAGAAAAGUCAAGCGGCAGAAGAGAGAUGAGGCUCAGUAUGAUUUUGCACGGAUGAAGGGAGCCACUCUUUUGUCAGAAGGUGUCGAUGAAAUGGUAGGAAUCAUUUACCGCCCGAAAACACAAGAAACAAGACAAACGUAUGAAGUACUGUUGAGUUUUAUUCAAGAAGCACUAAGUGACCAGCCUAGAGAUAUCCUUUGUGGAGCUGCUGAUGAAGUGCUCACUGUUUUGAAAAAUGACAAACUGAAAGACAGGGAAAAGAAGAUUGAAACAGAAUCACUACUGGGAGGUUUAACAGAGGAACGUUUUGCUCUGUUGGUGAAUUUGGGCAAGAAAAUCACUGAUUUUGGAUCAGAAGAAAAAGUUCAAACCACAGAUGAAAACAUUGAUGAAACAUAUGGCAUCAAUGUCCAGUUUGAAGAGUCUGAGGAAGAAGAUGAUGAGGACAUUUACGGUGAAGUGAGAGAGGGAGAAGAGAUGGAGGAGGAGGGGGAAGAGGCUAAACUGAACACUGCAAUUCAUGCUGAAAACCUUGGCGGUGGAGAAGAGACGGGUAAGAAGGAGAAGUCUCUACACCCUCUGGAUAUCGAUGCGUACUGGCUGCAACGACGGCUCAGCAAGUUCUAUGACGAUGCGAUGGUCUCCCAGGCUAAAGCUGCAGAGGUCCUGUCCAUCCUGCGUGAUGCCGGGGAUGACCGCGACUGUGAGAAUCAGCUGGUACUACUCCUCGGCUACGACUGUUUCGAGUUCAUUAAGAUAUUGAAAAAACAUCGGCAAAUGAGCGUUCUUAGAGUAGGUUCCCCGAUCUUUAUCCGACAGCGGUUCGAAGUUGGCAUGCCUGGCCGGUCUCAGCUGAGCAUCAGCCGGUCUCAUCAGCUGAUGAAGCUGUGGUCAUUGAAAGAUAAUGGACGAUAUAAACUGAAUGGUCUGUUUGUCCGCAGGCUGGACGAGGAGAAGUUUCAACUCAUCAAUAACACUGUGCUGCCCGAGGCGGUGCACUUCUGGGAGCAGGCGCUUAUGGUGCGGAAGACUGGAAACGCUAUCCGUCUCAACAGGAAAUGUGAGAACAACCAGGUUUUCUACAGGAAAGGAGAUCCAUACUCCUACUGCAAGAAUGCUUGUGAGGAGAAGACAAUGUGUGGGGAGGUGCAAGUACCUGAGGAGCACUUAGAAGUGUGCCGGACAUGUAAUGCCACAGGGAUGGAUUGUGGGGUACAGGAUCCCAGUGUGGGCCCAGGCAUCGAGGAUGCAGACUUUGUCUUCUAUGUGAGUGCCAUGGAGACAGAGCGGUGCCAUAAGGGCCUCACAGUAGCAUAUGCUGCACACUGCCAGCAAGAGGCCGUACUCGACAGGCCGAUUGCUGGACACGCCAACCUCUGUCCGGACAGCAUCAGCACCAAACCACAAGAGCUGGAGAUCUUGCUCUCCACUGUUAAACAUGAGAUCCUGCACGCUCUCGGCUUUUCUGUCAGCUUGUUCGCCUUCUACCGUGAUGCCGAUGGCAACCCUCUCACACCACGGGAGGACAACGGCAAGCCUCUGCUGAACGAGAGGCUCCAAGCGAGGCAGUGGAGCGAGAAGGUAAUUCAGACUGUGGUGCGCCGCAACUGGCGUGUUCAUGGAGGUGUGGUGGACCGCGAGGUGCAGUUGAUGGUCACACCACGGGUUGUACAAGAGGUGCGCGACCACUUCAACUGUUCUACGCUGGAAGGAGCCGAGCUGGAGGAUCAAGGGGAGGAAGGUACUGCACUCACACACUGGGAGAAGAGAGUCUUCGAGAACGAGGCGAUGACCGGCACUCACACACAGAACCCGGUGUACUCCAGGCUGACUCUGGCACUGAUGGAGGACACGGGCUGGUACCGAGCCAACUACUCCAUGGCUCAACCCCUGACCUGGGGCCGCAACCUUGGCUGUGACUUUGUUACCACUAGUUGUAAGCAAUGGAUGGACUCCAAGAGAAUUAUUGGGAAGAGCAUCCACCCAUUUUGCGACAAGGUGAAGAGGGAUCCUCUAGAAACAGAGUGUACAGAUGACCGCAGUUCUGUGGCCCUCUGUAAUUUAGUGGAGCAUCUCUCCCCUCUGCCGACUCACUACCAGAACUUCGACUCGAUACCUCACGUGAAGGAGGGCAGAGAGGGGUACUAUGGGGGAUCGGUGAGUCUAGCAGACUACUGUCCCUACAUCCAGGAGUUCACCUGGAGAUCCAAGAAUGUUGUGGUGCGAGGCAGUCAUUGCCAGUAUGUCGAGAACAAUCCCCACAAAGACAAGAACUUCGCACUGGAGACGUACGGGGAAAACUCACGCUGCAUAGACCACACAGAACAGAUGUGGGAGGAACGGUCAUGCAGCCAGGUGCGGCAGUGGCAACACUGGGGCAGUGGUUGUUACCAGUACACCUGCAAGUCUGGCAGGCUACAUCUUCAGGUGGCUAAUUAUACAUACACCUGCUAUAAGGCUGACCAGCAGAUCAACAUCAGGAUAAUAGCCAAUGGCUGGCUACACAAGGGCGCCCUGGUGUGUCCUCCUUGCCACGAGCUCUGCCAGGAACAGUUUGCAGCAGUAGGCGACCGCUGCAAGCCUGACGUGACUCUGCCGUCCACAUUUCUGUACCACAACGACAGAUUAGUUUGUGGCUCUGCCCACCGGCCUUCCAUCUCUAUCGCAGUGGUUGCCCUGCUUUUGGUGUUCCUCUCCGGAGUCACGUAGCCCCCGCCCGUCCCCUAGUCCAUCCUCAGACCAAUCCUGUACUUCUCCGAGAUCUUAUUGUGAUUAUUUAUGUAGAUUAGACUUGGAUAAUUUAUACGCUACGGACAAUAGGUAUCGGUGUAAGUUCGUGGAUUCAAUUUACUUUGGACUCUUUUCCUUCAAAGUGAGUUGAAUCGGAACUCAUUUGGACUGUGAACUUUGUGCUGUUUGUGUAUUCUCCAAUUUUGUAUUGCAUUUUAAGAAUUUUGACAAAUUUCUAUUUGCAAAAUAUUUGUAAGUUAAUCGAGUUAGUAAGUGGUGGAGUAAGUUGUUCCGAGCUUAUUGUUCAAGGUUUUGUACAAUAUAAAACAUGGAGUAUGAGACUAGAUGAAGUACGUGGAAGCUUUACACUGUAGAGUAGCCGAAGUGUUAGAAGACUGAGUGCACUGAGCUUGUUUAUAAUACUUACAUAUUGUGUUAUAUGUACGAAUUUACCUUAACUUAAGACAGUUGAAUUUAUUUUUAGGUUUUUUUUUAUGAAUCAAGGGUUAAGCAGUCAAUUGAGUCUUUGAAUUUAUCAUGUUGCUCAGAGAAACCUCAACGCAUCAGAAGGACAUAUUUGUCAAAAACUACUUGAUAUUUAAAACCUCUACAGUUUUUGCUUUAUCACAAUAGCAUUACUGCAACAAUGUUAUAAUAAUCUUAGCCUUGUAAUUGUUGUUCAAAACAUUUUAAAAACUUCAAUAACUGGGUAUAAUGCUGAAAGCACAUGUUUAAAUUAUUUGUCAAAUCUUUUCCUGCAGUUCAAAAUCCACUUGAUCAUCCAUAAUACGUUUUCAUCAGAACUGAAACUAGAUCUAUAAAAUCUCGAGGUAUGUAAUAAGCCUAACAUAUUAUUUAAUAAUAACAGUUUGAAGGUACAAAUUUGGAAUGGAGGAAAAAGGGUUUUGCAGAACUACAGUAUGUUUGGGACUAAAAGUUAUGCGUUUUAUUGUGAAGAUAUUGGUGUUAAACAUGAAUGAUCAAUAUCAAACAUAUCCUGUUCAUGUUCAAAACAUCUGUUGUGAUAAACAUGAAUUUGUUUAUAUUUUACUUAUGUAUUAGGCCUGACUCCAUUCAGGAAAAAAAUAUUCCUUAGUCCUAGGUAACCAAAAACAAUAUUAUUAACAGCAGCUUUAAAAAGCUAGUUGUAUUUAUGGUUGUAUUUCUGUACAAAUCUAUUUUACUCAGUCACAGCUUGUCAUUCUUUAAUCGUAUGUACUGUUUUUAUUUUCCUUUUUAGCUAUAAAUUAUUUUUACCGUUACAGUGCUGUGUGUGGAUUGUUAACUUACCUCAUUUUAGGUGAUAGUGAAAGCUGUGUUAUUAGUUGUGUUACGUUAUUAUGUCAUUGGUAUGUGUUUGAGGAUGGUAUAUAAACAUUUUUCAACAAAAUCAAAACAUGUAUUGUUUUUUUCUAGCCAAUUUUUUUCAGUUUAUAUUGUCUAAUUUGUAAGGUAUUUAAUUUAUUUAAUACAUAUUUCUUCUAUGGUUCAUAAAAUUUUGCUACGGUUGUAGCUAUUAACCUUAGGGUUCAAAGGAAUUGUAGAUUUUCAUUACCGAAAGAGUCGGUUGAAAUCAAAGUAGUUUGCAAUAUUGAUUUAAAAAUUUAAUAUUCUACAUAGAAUGUUACUUUUUAUUUGUAUAUGAAUACAGUUAUUAUACUAUUUAUUAAUUAUUCCAGUAAAAUGUUGUGGAAAUAUUUACAACAGAUUUAUAUGGUUUUAAACAUUUUUCUAAUUAGCUCAAAAACAUAAUUAGCAAAUGUUUUCUUUAUGAAAUUGAUUUUAUUUUAUUUUUCCCAAAAGUCAGUGAAAUUAAGUUUGUUUCCCUAAAGUCCAGUAGAAUGUAUAAAUGAAGCAAAUGUAUUUGAUCAAAUAUUAAUGUUUCCUUUAAUUGGUUUGUAUAAUGUUUGUGUAAAGAAUAUGAUCAGUAAAAAUCAUGAAUAUUAUUUUGAAAUUUAAUUUAAUCUGUGAUUGGAUUUAUGAUAUUCAAUAAAAUAAAUACCUAACUGGAUAUAAAUAAAUUUAUUUGUAUGUAUCUGUUACAAACUAAUAAACAAUUUCUUCAAUUCACAGGUUUAAUUUUUAAUAGUAUCACAUUACUUGAAAAUUACCAAAAUGUAAUGAACUUUGCAGCUUUCUUAAAUUUACAUGUAAUAAGUUGUGGUAUGCCUGAAUAUUUAAUUAUUAAAAUAAUAACAAUAAAAAUAAAAAACAAAGUUUAAAGUAUGUUGUGAGUCAAAUCUUUUGCUUCCAUUCUUGAUGUAUAAUAUUUAUUUAAAUGUAAUUUUUCAUUCAAUUAAUUUUUAAUUAAGUACUAUUUUGUAGCAUUUUAUGAACAAAAUACAGUCCUUAAUGGUGCUGUAACACUUUAUAUAUCUCAUUAAACUUAUUUCUUAGUAUUAGAAGCAACAAUAAAUUAGUUAAGAGAAUUUAUUAAGUAAGUUCUAUCUGAUAUUUAUAGUUUUGUAUAAGUUACAUAAAGCUCAAUAAACUAAUCAGUUUUCGUUAUAUUUUGUUUUAAUUUACAACUCAAACAGUUUCUUUAUAAUGUUGAAUUAUAUUUUUUGUAUUUACAACAUAUCAUUUCAUGCAUUUAUUUGUUCCAUUGCUAUACUUAGUAUUAUUCUUUGAUGUUUGAAUUUUGAACAUUCCUAGGGCAUACAUUCUGUGUAUCUGAUUACGUAAGAUGUCGCUGUAUCAUAAAUAAAGUGUGACUGAAGAGAUGUAUAUUUUAUUCAUUUGUAAAUAUAAGAAUAUAUAAUAUAAGAACAAAUAAACUUUAAAAAUUACAAA